GAGAGGAGGGGCUGGGAGAGCAGGUGAAACUGUGACUAAGUGCAACUUAGGUGGGGAGGCUACAGAAAGUUACUGCGCCCAGACGGGAGCAUCAGAGCACCAUGUCCGACCUCUGCCCGCAACUUGGACUGUGACGGAGACCACCCUUUUGUGUCUGUGCGAUGAUGGCCAAGGCGCUGAGCCAGGAAGAGGUGCUGGACUUUUUAUGUCAAGGUGGUGGGAAGGUGCCAAAUGCCUCCUUGCUGGCGCAUUUUAAGGGCUUCUUGAGGGACCCCCAGGUGUCUGCAGAGCAGCUGCUGAAGCACAGAGAGAGGUUCAAGCGCUUUGUGAACUCGGUGGCGGUGGUAAAGCAGGAAGGGGGUGUCAAGUACGUGGUGCUGAGGAGCAAGUACCAGGAUCUGUUGGGAGAGGACCUGCGGCCACCAACCCCACCUGAUCUGGGACACCAACCUGGUCGUGUCGGCGACAGCUCAAGGGCCGAUCGGGGUGAGAGUUCAGCCGUGCGAGGGCAGGCAUGCACGGGACCUCAGGUGGGCGAGAGACGGAACAGACACCCCGCGGAAUUGGAGGGCAGUGGACAGCAGGCUGGAUGGGAGGUGAACCCCGAGACCUCUGGACAUUUACGGCAGAUAAACGUGACCCCUCCACACAAGCAUCCCGGGAGCCGGGAAAUCACCGGAGCUGUGAAUGGGAAGGCAUGGGAUGCCUCUUCUCCUAAGGGACAUUUAACGCCCGAUUUGACACCCACCAGCUCCCGAUCGCCGAAGGACUUAUCCCCGCCACCCAAAAGCAUCUCAUCACCCAACAGCAGCGCCUCUUCCUACUCGCCCCUGCCCAACGAGCCUUCUCCAGCCUCAAGGAGCCCCCGGAGACAGGAGAGCAAGACAGACACAGCUAAUCCUGCUUUUGUAAGUGCAACUUACAGGGAUCUACAAGAACAAAGACAAGGGUGUAUGUCAUGCAGUGAAUGUAAUCAAUUAAGUGUACAGCUGAAGGGUAGCUUACCCCAGGAGGUGCACUUUGCACAUGAACAGCCCAGUAAUGUGUAUAGAGAGCAACCCUGUGAUAGCCUUUAUCAGGGGCAGCCUGUAGUCCUUUCCUCCUCCAGGUACAUGAAUACAGAUCACCCUUCCCCCUCCCUGCUGCUUCCACAUGAAUCAGAUAUCCCUCCUCCAGAUGUGCUGCUGGCAGAGUAUGAACCAGUAAGUCCUGACCCCUCUCCUCCUCUGCCUUAUAAUGAACUGCAUGGCAUGUGGAUGCUGGAUAUGCCCAUCUUCAAAAGUAUCAGAUGCCAACUCUCUUUGCAGGACUUGGAGGACUUUGUGGACCAAGAAAGCUGUGGCAGUGAUGGCAGUGACAGUGGGGAAGGUGGGGACUGUGACACAGAGCACAGGGAUGAGGAGGAGAUCUCCAGUGACUCAAACAAUGAAAAGUAUGAUCAUUUCAUUGAACCAAAAUCUGAGACCUCCAGGAGCUGCCCCUCAAACACUAAAGUCCUUAGUAUAAUCGAACAGUACAAUAAGCCACAACGUGAGAACUCUCUGGGCAUCGCAGAUAAAGCUAGGGUGCAGCCGAUGACACCUCGUGUAUUAACUGAGACCCAUAAAUCACCUUACAUUGCCAAAUCAUUCCUGACAGAUCAAGCACCUAUAUUAUUUGAGCUGGCUGGCAAUGUCCCCAGGAAUAGAACCCGUGCUCAUUUGCGGGAAAAUAUGUCAUCUUCGGAUGAUGAAUUACUUGACAGAGAAUACAGGAAAAGGCGGCGUCCAUCUAGAUCAAAGAAAUCAUCCAAUAUUGCAGUGGUGGCCCCACCACCAGAUAUCGACAGACUCCUAACUGUAAAAUCUGUUACAUCCAAUAGUUUUGUUGUAAAUGACCAGCUCCCUUUUGGCAACCAAAACACGGUGACACUGCACGUACCAAAAGGACAAAAGGAUUGCGAUCAUAAAAAAAAUAGUAAUUAUAAAUCUUCGUUAGUACCUUUAGAUCCAUUAGAACACGAUUGGCUUGUUAAAUCUGCUUCCGGGUCCUGGCUUCAAGUUUAUGGACUGUUCAAUAUGGACCCUAAUUUGGCUUUAAGGAAGGAUUUCAUCUCCGGGUACACUGUUCUGCACUGGUUGGCCAAACACGGUUGUAUGGAGAUGUUCCAAAAAGUUGUAGCAGGUGCCAAGAAGGCAGGGAUUGAACUGGAUAUGAAUGUAAAGACAAGUUGUGGAUAUACCGCUUUACACAUUGCUGCCAUCCAUGGACAUCAUAAAGUUGCCACCAUGCUUGUGGAAAAGCUCAAAGUGAAUGUAAAGCUGAGAGAUAACAGUGGAAAGAGAGCAUGGCAAUAUCUGAGCUGCACAACAUCUGGAGAGGUCUGGCAGCUGCUUGGAGCACCAAGGGGUAAAACUAUAUUCCCAGCCCAGGCCUUGCCUAUAGCUCACAGUAUAAAUGCACCAAAUAGAUCAGCUCAGCUAAACCGAAAAACCUCGCUGGCCGCUUUCCUUAAGCCCCAGCAUCAAAAAUGGAGAGCUAAUAAUCUCCCUGCAUUGAGGGAAAGAGAAAUCUAUAGCGACUGAGAAAUACCGUUUCUGCCAUGUAAAUGCGUUGGAAGCCAGGGAGUUUUGUAGCACAUUCCUCGAUCACAUACUGGGAAUGCGGUGGAUUUAACCGUGCUUCCAGGUUUGAUUGUGGCUUGGGUCUGUUCUAAGUGUAUUUAACCGACUACGCACUUAACAAAUGUCAGAUUGAGUCAGAGGUUUUGUUUUUAGAUAAAGUAACAUUAACAAAUCGCAAUAUUUUGUAGUGUCUGCUACAGUAUGACUAAUGGUUUGUGUCACUUUGUAGGUCACAAAUCAUUUACUUUUAGCUAUAAUGUUAGAGUUUCUGGCAUUUUUUCCCAAUCACUUUAUAAUCCAUUUUAAAUCCAGUGUGCAUUUUGGGUCCUUCUAUGAUAUGAAAUGUACAUUAACAUGCCGUGGCAAUGCACCACAUCUAUACCAAACAGGGGAGCAGCUCACUUGAGAAUGCAUUCUAAGGUGUGUUAAGACAAUGAAAAGAAACAUCUCAGAACUAUAUAACAGAUCUAAAGCUAAAAUGACAUCCAUCCGUAUUCUAACUUGAUGCACUCAUUUCAAGAGACUGGUACUCUUGUUGAGAUAACAUAUCGCAUUCUGUGUUCAGAAUGCUGCAUUAUGGGUAUCUGCUGCCUCAAUGUGGGUGAGCCAACUGGCGCACAAGAUCAAUCAGGACCAAGGUCCUCAAACUGGGCAGGAGCUAACACAUUCUUCAGAACACACGUUCUCAUAAGCAUUGUGCCAGUUCUGGUUUCAGGUCUUCUUCAUCCCCUCUUGACCAUCAGACUGUCUUUCUCUGUUACCUACCUUGUAUCAUUAUAUAUGUGUAUGUCAAGGGCACGCAGAUAUGGACUAAAUAUGUUGUUCCAUAAGUAGAGAUGUUUUCUAAAUGGCUCAUGAGUUGCCCAUUUCUGUAGCACAAGCCUGUGGUAUUGAAAGGCUUAUGUAGUGUGAAUUUCUAUUUUAUCAGCAAUAAUGUAUGGAGCCUUAUUGUAAUAACAACCAUGGCCCACAGAUACACUAUGGUGCAAAAGAAAUGCAAGAAUGAAAAUGGUAUUAGUUAGCCACAUCAGAGAAUGAAAUGUGAGUAAUCAUUUCUGACUUUGCAGAUUAUCAAUUGUAUGAAAAUAUUCUCCUGUGGAGGAGGACAAUAAUUGACAAUCUUCUUUUCCCCUGGUGUUAGAAUGGUUUUGCUUAUGCAGCCAAAUUCUGCUACUCUUGUUAUAUUUUUAUAUGUGUAUCACACUUUGUCUAAUGCACUGGCCGAUUUUAGUAACAAAAAAUCUAGGUGACAGCACAAUCAGGAAUGCUCAUUCACAACCUUCAUGGGGAAAUGCACAACAAUACUUCAAAACUCUAGCUAUUUUUCUCGACCGUUAUGGUCACACUUACAUGAAUUUUUCUUAUACCCAGCUAAGAAAAAGAAAGGUCUUUGCACUGGGGUUUGAUUUCCUUUUUUGGAUGUUUAAAGUGUGACAAUCAGGUAUUUCUCUUCCAAGAUGUGUUCCAGAGACAUCUUGUAUCAAGUGAGAAGAUUCCUCGCACACUGUGUGACUGGUUGAAAUGGGCUAAAACUUGAAUUGUAAUAAAUGUGAAUAAAGAUUAUUUAUAUAUUUUUUUAAUGAUGAGUUUUGUUUGACUUGGUGUUAAAGUGUAUAAAGCAGACAGAUUUUGCGCUAACUCAGCACUACAACAGCCACAUUAUGUAUGUGGCCUAACCUCCGGCGAGAAUUUGAAAGAAACAAAAAA